AUGCGCACCGAGCUGUUGACUGACACUUCCAUUCCAAUUCUUUUCUUUGACGAGAUUAUUCUAUUUGAAGAUGAUUUACACGACAAUGGACAGGUCGAGUUCUCCGUCAAACUGCGUGUCAUGCCCUCGUGCGCAUACGUCCUGGCCCGAUUGUGGCUGCGCGUGGACAACGUUGUCGUCCGGAUACGGGAGACCCGCUUGCUAGUGGAUUUCUUCGGCAUCAAGCCCAAGAUCUUCCGCGACGUUACAUGGAGAGAGUGUUAUUGGGGUGAGUUGGGCGCGCACGGUUUGCCUACAGACGUACGCUCUUGG